UCGCAACCACACUGCAGUUUUUCCCACCAUCACGACAAGCAUCAACGAUUACCACCAGUGAACAUACAAGGGAAUACGCAUGUCGUUCUUUUCUCGGCGCAAAGACAAACCCCGCAUUCCACCCGUCGAGUCACCUUCUCCCAACAGCACCUCGCCAUGCCCGUCAUACCGUUCCAACGCAAGUACCUACGUUCCAAGUCGUGAUGGCGACCCAUACAAUACACCAUCCAACAAAGUUACUUCUUAUCCGCCACCAGUACCAACACCAAUGAAUGACUAUGAGCCUCGUGAUAAGUAUAACAGGAGUAACGGGGUUGGGGACAUCUAUUCACGUGGCAGUGCUGAACUAGACAAGGAUCGUAACGAACUUUUCUCAGGCUACAACCCUCAAAAGGCUGGUUCCGGGCGUUUCUUUGAUGGUCCCCAGAUCAGGGAGCCGGCCCCGGGCGAGGAGAACGAUGAAGACGUAGAGGGAAUCAAACAGCAAACGAGGUUCACGAAGCAGGAGAGUGUAAACUCUACUCGAAAUGCCCUUCGCAUGGCCCGCGAGGCUGAGGAAACCGGUCGUAGUACCUUGUCCAGGUUGGGUGAUCAGUCUGAGAAACUUGCCAACACGGAGCGUCAUUUAGAUGUUUCAAAGGGUCAUUCGAUUCGUGCUGAUGAUAAGACUGACGAGCUUAAGAAACUUAACCGCUCUAUAUUCCGACCUGCUAUUACUUUCAACAAGGACGCGAAGCGAGCCGCUCAGGAGGCUAAAAUCCAGGGUCGUUAUGAAGAAGAGCGGGAGGAAAGGGAGAAAGCUAUGAUGGACAUUCGUGAGAGCCAGAAUCGGAUUGGUCGCGCGCAGACAUAUGGACGUCAUGAUGAUGAAGAGGGACUGACUGGUCCAGGACGAAUCAAAACGGCUUCAGAGUUGUCAGUAAGGAAAGAGCAGAGGAAGCGGUUCCAGUUCGAAGCUACUGCCUCUGACGAUGAGCUUGAGGAUGAGCUCGACGACAAUUUGAAUGAGAUAGGCGACAUGACGAAGCGAUUGAAGGCGCUGGGUACGGCCAUGGGUCAGGAGUUGGAUAGCCAGAACAAACGGAUUGAAGUCAUUGAGGGCAAGACUGUUGGGUUGGACAGCAGAAUCUUUAGAAAUACUGAACGCCUUAAGAAAAUCAGGUAG